AUGUCUCUGGCCUCGUCGAGUUCAUGUGAUGGAAUGCCUUCGAAAAUCCACGUCGAGUCGGUCGGCUUCAGAAGGCCGCAAAUGACGAGGACGACGAUGUCGGGUGUUACGCGCAUCGCUCGACUGCCGACACUUGUCACCCCGCCCCCCGAAGGUAACCUGCAGUUGAUAGCCGCGACCACGCCCAUCUCGACGGCAUCACCUUCGGACGGAGACGAGUGCAGUGGUCGUGGCAUGGUGCCAAUUGACCGACGAACGGGAAUUCUGACAGCUAGGAGGAAAGACGCUCGAAAGGGCCAACUGAUUGUCAGUAAUGAACGAAAGAAGGCUGCACAAGUGGCAACUAAUGGAUGCAUCCGAUCAAAAGUCAAUGCUAUGCAGCCUCGAGCUCGAACAACAAUGACUGAAGUGGCCGAUUGUCCAGAACCACCGAAUUUUGAUCGAGAGACAGCAGCACUUGUGGAGCAGCUGGUCACCAGCGCCAUUUCGAGAGCCACGGACAGCCUUAAGAAAGAAGCCGAAAUCGCACAUCUCCGUCGACAAGCACAGAAUUACAAAAAAUUGCUCGAGAAACUUCAACAAUCUACCAAACUCACCAUAGAAGAAAAGGAUAAAGUAAUCGAAUCACUGCAACAAGAAGAAGCUAGACGACUAACUCGAAAUUUGGCGGAGGAAACUUGUGAUCAGGAUAAGGUAAUCGAAUCACUGCAACAAGGAGAAGCUAGACGACUAACUCGAAAUUUGGCGGAGGAAACUUGUGAUCAGAUCACCAAAUCAAGUAUGGAUCAUGUUGAAAAGUUGAAUGAAACCGCUACGAAAACGAGAAGCAUCGGGUUGGACACCAGGUCGAUGAGCAGCCAUCUAACUAAACUUCAACUAAUGACUACAGAAUUGGAACAAGACUUUUUCCCUUGGAUGUUCGCCAAAGCUGACCAAAUGUUUCGACGGACGAUGACCACAAUUCAACUUGAAAAUCGUAAUAACUAA